UUCUGAUAAAGAAAUGAUCCCUAAGUUAUUAGGAAUAGCAUAGCUGUGAUCCAUUUUCUUGAAACUAAGGAUUUUAUUAACAUUAAAAAAUAUUUCAAUUAAGAAUUUGUGGUAUGAAAACACUCCCAAAUAUUGAGACGCAUGGUACAUCCGUUCUGGUUAAAAUCUUAGUAUUAUAUUUUAUAAACUUUAAUGAAAAUUAAUAAGAUUAAAUUAUAGCAUGCGACUCACUCAAGCAAUGAAGGCUUAUCACUACAAUUACUCUACACUGCGUCAAAGAUAAUUAAUCGAGAUAGGAGGGAGUAAUUAUUACCAAGAACAAUUCAUAUGAUUUUACAUCUUUAUAAGGUAUGCUAAUUAGUACAGUAGUUUUUUUUUUUUUUUUUUCUUAUUCUCUUUUCAUUGCUCUUUUUAUUUGAAUAAAUAAAGUAACCACCUCCGGAAUGGAGCCGCCCUGGUGAAGAAGUUUUGAUAAUAGAAUAAUAUAUUAUAUAGUAUGAUUCUUCUUCUAGAUCAGCCUAUUUUUCAAACAAUACCAGCCUGUCUUACCAAUCCCCAUCUCAUUUGUUUGUCUCAACGCCUAGAUGUAACCUUAAUUAAUAGGAGUACUACUAGACUAGUACUUAAUUCAUGGCAUCAGAAAGAAGACUACACGAUGCUACAAGAAAGGGCGAUUUAGCAUCACUAAGACAAGUGUUCCAACAAGAUCCAUAUCUCCUGGAAGCAACUUCAUUCCCAUUUUCAAGAACUCUAUUACACAUAGCCAUCACUCAUGGCCACAUCACCAUAGUGGAUGAGGUGCUUGAGAUCAACCCGCGGCUGGCUCGAAUCCUCGACUCCCAAAAACUGUCGCCCCUCCACAUCGCGGUAGAAGAAGGGAACCUCGAGAUUGUAAAGAGAUUGGUGUUGGUGGCGCCCGAGACGUGCUGGUGGCGAGACAGCCAUGAUAUGAACCCGAUUCAUGCUGCGGCCAUGGCUGGGCGUGUGGAGAUCUUGGAUGAGCUGAUCCAAGUGGAUCCGUCUCCGGGUCUGGAGAGGCUGCACCGCGGCCAGACCGUGCUGCAUUUGUGCGUGAAGCAUGGCCAGCUUAGUGCGUUGAAGGUGUUGGUGGAGAGGCUGGGGGAGCUUGUGUGUGCCAAGGAUGAUGAUGGGGAGACACUACUGCAUUUGGGUGUUAGGUGCAAUCAGCUUGAGAUGAUAAGAUACUUGUUGAGAACCACUAAACUAGACAAGGAGACAACAAAUGCAAUGGGCAAAACAGCAUUGGAUAUCUUGAAAGAGAGCCCUAGAGACCCAAUCACCUAUGGAGAAAUGAAAAGAAGCUUGAGCAGUUUAUCAGAUCACUCAACAUUGCUGGGAAUCCUCCCGAAGAUGACAGACAUCACAAUGGUGGUGGUGGUCCUGAUCGCCACCAUGGCCUUCCAGGCGGCCAUCAGCCCCCCGGGAGGGGUGUGGCAGGAGAACACGGCAUCCCACAGAGCCGGGCAAGCAGUGAUGGCAUCCACGCACCCCAAGAUGUACAGGCACUUUGUGAAUGCCAACACCACGGCUUUCGUGUCGGCUCUGGUGACGAUCAUGCUGAUCACCACAGGGCUGCCGCUGGAGCAGUUCUUUUUCCUGGUGGUGGCGACGACCGCGAUGUGGCUGUCGCUGACGUCGCUCGGGGUGGGGUACGGGGCGUCGCUGAUCAUGACGACGCCCAAUGAAGAGCAGUCGCUUGGGUAUAUUGUUGCCUCGGUCGUCUCUGUUUUCUUCUUCUUUGUUAUGUUGUUGCUGCUCUACCUUUCUAUCAAUGGAUUGCGUUCAUCCUUGAGGAGGAGAUCAACAGAGGGAUCGCUCUGAAAUACUCCUAUUCUGUGAAGACAGAAUCAAAUUUUGUUAGUUUUGGGUUAAGCUGGGAUGGAUAUAUGAAUUAAAUCUGUAAUUUGUGUUGGAUUAUAUUGCUGGACAAAUUGCUCUAGUCUCGUAAUUUGGGUUGGAUAAUCGUAGUAGUAUUUCGUAAAUUUAUGUUUUUUUUCAA